GAGAGACCGGCGGACCGGCAGCGCUCGUCGGCGUACACGCAGUCGUAUAAACAUAGGUGUAUACCAUUUGCCGGGUACCGAACACGCGAGUUCACCGGACGGAAGACGGCUCCGCGGGACCACCGGGGAUGCAGUAAGUAACGAAUUACGAAUGAAAUAUUAUUUUGCCGGUGUUGUUGGUCGUAGGGUUUGACGUGGGUGUCGAUUUUCGAUUUGCCCCGCGAGAGACGAGAGAUACGGUAUUUCAUUUAUAAACGAGCGAGAACCCUUUAGAACAAUAGCACUGCAGUGGUGAUAAUAGAUUAUGGUGCCGGUACAGAUUAGAUGUUCGAUAUUAGUUAGAAAAAAAAACAACCGAGCUCAUUAUACUGCUGACGUGUAUGCGACUGUUGUAAUCUGAAAGACAGGACGUCAUAAAGUUGUUUAUAUCUGUGUUAUGUUAACUAUUCUGAGCGAAAUACGGUUUAAACACGUUUUAAUGUUCCGUGAUAUUUACGAUUUCCGUUAAAACUUAAAUUUUUAACGAGUGUAAAAAAAAAAAAAAAAAACUAUGCUACAUAACGCUCAAAUAUUUUUACCACUCAGUACAACUUACGGUGAACCUCGUGUAAAAUGUUCAACUAUUUAUGUUCGGCCAAAACAAUAAUAUCCGUAAAAAACCAAAUAAUAACUCAAAAAUUGCCAAAACGCUUUGAAUACCGUGUCUAGAAAAUUCUAAUAUACGUAUUGUGUGAAAAUUUCAAAUCUCUACGACUAUUUUUAACCGAAUUACAGAAAAUCAAAGAUGAUAAAAUUGUUAUAGCCGAAAAACGAAAACGUUUGCGUCUUUUUUAAAUAUGAAAAAAAACCACCUAAAUUUUCUAAAUUUGCUAUCAGUUGACAUUUAACUAAAAAUGCAUAUGUUUAUCCCAAGAAUAAAAUGUUUUAUUUUAUUAAUUUACAUUAUUACUUCAUUAGUAUGAUAAAUAUAAAAUCUCCGGACAAUACGAUAUUUCCAUUGAACAUGUUUUAUGUGAGCAGAAAUCAUGAUUGUAUACAAAUCGUUGACACUGUUGAUGCGUGAGCCACUGUUUUAGGAGGGCGCUUAAAACGGAGGUUACAUAGCGUAUUUUCAUUUAGAUGUGUACGAAACGGUAAACCAUCGAUAACGGAAAACGAUUCUGAACGGAGUAUUAUCUAUUAGUGACAUUGUUUUCUUUGUUGCCAAGAUAACCCAGAUAUCAACGAAAACUAUACGGAAAAUUGUAAUUUUUCCAAUUUAUUAUUAAUAAAACUACAAUAAAAAUCCAAAUAUGACUUUCCCGAAUGCGUCAAUCGGAUCGAAAAUAAAGUAAGUAACAGUUUCUAUACGAUUUCCGAAUAGCGCAAGAUUUCCAGUAGAAAAGUUGUUGCAGACGCAUAAAAAAAAAAAAAAAAAAAAAGUAAUAAGUAAUAAAACCAAUACGUUCCACGUUUCCCUCGGAAUCUUUUACCCAACUUAUAUUGGUUUAUUAUUGAAAAAAUUGCACUUACAACGUUAUCGCUGUGUACAUUUGUUUGCAGUGUGUUUCCGACAGUAUAUAUUUCGUUUUUUUUUUUUUUUUUUUCAACAUUCAUGCAUCUCGGCGGUUUUGUCGAGGACUUUUUAAUUUACGUUCACUAUGUAUACAUAAUGGCAAGGAAUAGGCAGGGCCCACGGCCUUGUUCGUACUCGAAAAUAAUGCGAAGCAAACGUUUUAUUAAACGAGACACCGUUGUAAAUGAAUAAAUAACAAGGCGGGAUCGUUCUGUACUUUACUGGAAUCGAAAACGAACGGAACGCGCGACCGUCCGAUUGAAAUUUCACACACCGUGUACGGGUUACGCAACACAGGUACUCUCGCCAUGUUCGGAUAAUAUUACAUAUAUUUCGCCUAGGAAUUUUUUUUUUUAUUUUUUUUAUUACUCUCAACUCUGACUUGACGAUAAUUGCCCGCCUACCACCGCGUGAUUCUUUACACGUAUUUAUGGACAUCGCGACGGUAGGUGGUCGACACGUUCGCGGCGACGGCCCGUUAAGAAAAUAUGUCGGUCGGUUUUUUAUCGCAUUACCGUCAGACGCGCGCCCGUGCCGACACACUAAUCCGAAUUUGGUAACGAAUUUCUACGGGACAACUCGAAUCCGGCAAUUAACGCAAAAUCGAUUACGCGUCCAAUUUGCACGCUUUACUACAGGCGUACCGAAACAAGAUUAAAUGAACGAUCAACCGCAUUCGCGAUAUUAUCCUUGUCGAACCGCGCUGGAAUUGUUUUCAAUAAAAUGUCUAAAGUUCAAACCGCACACCAACACUGACUAUCCGGUCACAUUGGUCUACUCUAUGGGCGCCCGCAGGAAAUUUAUCAGGGAGGGACAUAAUAGUAUCGAACAAAAAGCACUCAAAAUGAAAUUGUAUUUGAAACUUUCAAGUCCACGGGGACAAAUGCCCCGUUUUUCUGUCCCUCCCCCUCCGGGCGCCCAUGGUCCCCUCCGUUUUACAAUCUGAGCAAAGCGGAACACGGUGUAUUGGGUUUACAAUCGGAACAACAUUUCUACCGAAAAUCUAUAAUCAACUAAUGACAAGAGCAGAUUCUUUGUUGCGUUUUGCAUCGAGAAGGUCAUUUUUUUGAUUUUCCUCGCAACAAAAUUGGAGGAAAAUCGUUUUCGAGAUUUUAUUGGCAUUUAUUUAAUUUCGUGUGAACAAAAUUGUUUGGCCGAACAGUAACGUCUGACGAUUUAACACGAGAAAAAUUUUAUCACUGAUAUUUGAUUAUAAAUCAAAGUAUUUAAAAUCAAUGUUUUUACUUAGUAACUGAAAAAAAAAACAAAGUUGAACUUGAUGUAGUUUUUUUAAUAGCUUUUUAAGUUCAUAUUUUGAAGACAAUCGUAAAAAUCACGGAAUAUCAAAACACGUUUCACCGAACGUUUAUAAAUAAAUGACUAAUUUAUGUUUCUGGUAUUAGGUUUUAUGAUGUUAUAAAAAUAAUUCCACCAAUAGAGCGCGGCACUGCGCCCGUUCUGAUUUAUUUUCCUUAAUAAAAGCAUAAUAUUGUGUUCCAACCAUAGACAUUAAUUAUUAAUUCAUAUACGGUGGAUUAAUCCACCUUGAAUACAUAUAUUAAUUCGUGGUCCUAACCGUAGAAUAUAGCCAAUAUGGUUCCAACUUGCUGACCUAAUAUUACAGAGAAAAGAGACGUUAAAAUUGACCAUAUUACCCGCAUCCUUCCUGGAUAAUCUGUGUAUGGUCUUUGUUUAUAGAUAAUAAUAUUAUCUACAAACUAUGGUUAGUGGUAACAUACAUAUCAGUAAUACCACGAAAUUUAUUUUCACUUUCAAAAUAUUGAUAAUGUAACGUUUUUGUUUUUGUUUCAAUUUGAAAACUUGUUGACUUUUAACAAUAGUUUAAAAAAAUAAUGUUAUCGUUAAAUUUCGGAAAUUUUUCCCUUAAAAAAUGUUUGUUAGACUUGUACAUUUAUUAGUAUUAUUUAGUUACAUGGAAGUUACCUACCUUUUAUUUUUAUUAUUAUUUUUUAACUAACGAUUUAAUAACUAUGCAAAAUCUAGUGUAUUUGUAAAUUGUAAAUUAUUUAGUUACCUAUCUAGUUUUUAACCUGUUGAAGGUAAAAUGUUUUAAAAUUUUAUUAAAGACAAUUAACCAUAAUACCCAAGUACCUAAAAGUUUUAUGGAAGUUUAUUAGAAAUCUUCAUUCUUAUUUUCAGGUACUUUGCAAUUUUUUUUUUUUUGAUUUUUAAAUUAAUAAAUUGUUUAAUUAAUUAAUUAUAUUUAUAUUAUAAAGGGUAUUUUAGCAUUUUAAAUGUUAUAACAACUGCUUGAUGAUGGCUGUGUUAAGUAUAGCUUAGUCAUCAUAAUAAAAAUAAUAAACAUUUCAACACCAUGGAAACAAAUAGUGACACAACAUAAUUAUAUACGUGGUGGGCAAGUGCUACAAAGUGGGGAUUAUUAAAAACACGUGAAACACCUUUAAAAUAAACAAUUAUAAUACUAAAUAUUACGCAGAUAUUUGUGUACAAAUUUAUGAUAAAUGUUAAAUAUUUGGUUGUGUAUAAUGUGUGAAUCAUUAUUAUUAAUUGUAUCUGUUGUUAAAUCAGUAAGGGUAGUUUAUGAGGAAAAUUAAGAAAUAAUAAGGAAUUGUGUGUAAAAAAAAAAAAAUAAUAAAAAAAUCAAUAUCUUUGUAGCUAUGUAUAGUAAAAUUGUUUUUUCUAUAUUUAUUCAACACAAUAGAGCUUAGUAACAAUUAUAGGUAUAGUAGAUGCAUAAUAUUAUUAAAUUGGCCAUACAUUAUUAUUUUAAUCGAUUACAAAUUAUUAUUUUUUUCUUCUAGAAUCUGAUUGUACGUGAUUUGUCGUCUACUACAGUUGUGAAAUUUGUUUAAAAACAAGAAAUAAUAAUGAGUCAUAAAAGCAAUAAUCGUCGUGCAAACCAAGCACAGGUAUAUGAAGCAUUGCAUAAAAAACGUACAGCCGAGUAUGAAGCUAGAGAACAAUGGGCUGGUGUAACACAGUAUUUUAAAACAUGGGAAAACAAUUCAAACAAGUUCACCAAUUGGACUUCUCCACAGUAUUACAAAAAAAGGUAAUUUAAUCUGUAGUUUUCCUGUAGAUACCUCAAAUCAAAUUAUUAAUGAUUAUCGACUAAGUCAGUUUAAUACAGAGAAAUUGUUACCUAAGUAUGUGUAACAAAAUCCAAUUAAAUGUUCAUUAUGUAAAGUUGAAUGCUCUGUUCAUUAUAAUAUUAUGUGUGUUCACAGUGCCGAGUUACAGUUGGAAAUUCAGAGGCGAGAGCAGAGAAGACUUGAGGAAGAACAAGAAGAAUGGGAAAAGUGGCAGAAAAAAAUUAGAGAUAGACAGCGUGAAGAUGAAGAAUUUAAAGUAAUUACCUAUGAUACAUUUUUGCUGAAUCUAACAUGUAUAAAAUCAUAAUUUUCUAUUUAAAUAUAUCACAUUUCAUAUUAAUAUAUAGUGCAUUUAUAACAUGUAUAACGAAGUUAACUAUAUCGGAUUUUGAUUUUUUGUUUAUCAUGUAGAAAGGGCAGAUGAAAAAGAAGCCUAUUUCGUUGUCAAGACCGAAUUCUGCGGGACAGCAGCAGACACAGCCCUCCGAAGAGAUGGCUAUGGAAUUGAAACGUAAACAAGAUGCAGUUAUGAAUCGGGAGAUCGAGUUGAGACUUCAUGCUCAAUCUAAAUCUUGCGAUCCCAAACAAGCCAAACAAGUAAGAAUCUAUACAGAGUGGUAUGUCAAACAGGGGGGAGGGGCCAAUGGAGCCGUGGCCCAUCCACUGUAGGAUGAACACUCAAUUAUUUAAAUCACAGAACACAGAUUUAGGAUUUACAUUUUAAAUACACAAUUUUUUUAUGUUUUAUUAUCUUUGAUUAUCUUGAUAUCUACUUUUUGAUUAGUAAAUUUUCAUUAGGUAUCAACAUUUUUCUGUCCUAAUUUGAAAUUUAAAAUUCUUAUCCAUGGGCUUAUUAAAUAAAAUCUAUGAUAAAAAUAAUUUUUUUUUUGUUUUUUCCCCCGAGAAAUAUUUCUGUAGGCGGCCUUGAUGUCAAAUGAACAUUAUAUUUUAAAAUUACACUACCAUUUUAUAAUAUAGACAUUUGAUAGAGAGCCCACAAUGCAUUGGUUUCAUAAUUUCCCCAAAAUUGUAAAUUUUUUAGACAAGUAUAAUGGUUUUACUUCCUGAGACUCAUAUAAUAAGGUAGAAAGUGGUAGUUAUAUAAUUAUUAGGAUCGUGAGAAAAUAUUAUUAAAAAUUUCUUUUUUCUGUUUUUUAAUAUAUUUUUAGUGAGAAUUAAAAUGCUGCCACUUGUAUAAUGGCACAAUGGGUAUUUAUUAUUAUUAGAAAUAUUUUUAGAGGAGACCACAAUAUUUUAAAUGUUUGUUAAAAAUGAUUAAUAAUAACAAAAGAUAAAUGAAAAUUUCUUGAAAAUUGUAAUAUCUCAUUAUUAUUAUUUAAUUUGCUAGUACGAAAUGCGAGUGCGUCAACGGUCAUCAGAGUCAUCGUGGGAUGACCGGAUGGAAGAAAGGAAGUCUGCAGACCAAAAACGACAGGAACAGUCAAAAAACGAACAACGGUUGUCUGAAGAAAGUUUAAUGGCUGAAAGAACCGUCGAAGAAGACAAACAGCGAAGCAGACAGAAUAGAGCAACCGAACUGAAAAAUGAGCUUGUUGGCCAAGUAGCUGAGUUGAAGUAAGUUACUUAGCAAUAGCAGAUUUUCUAUAUUCCAUGCAUUGAGGGAUAAGUGUCAGAUAAAAAAAAAAAAAAGAAACUUAAUGUUUUAUCACAAUAUUUAGAGUACAAUAAUAACAUUGCAGAUAUGACAUUUCUGAAUAAUGGCUAUGGCAGUAUAAUAUGUUUUAUGUUUUAAUUUAUAGAAUGCGUUCAGACCGGUGUGAAGAGCUAAAGAAGAUUGAGUCUAAAUAUUUGGUGCUGCAGAGUCAAAUUGAAAAUAUUGAACAUAGAAAUGAUGAAUUAGAUGGAAGAAAAAAACACAAUUUAUCAAGGUAUUAAAAUAAUAUUGAAAAAACUGAAAGUAUUUGAUUAAUAACUUAUUAAAUCAGUUUAAAAAAUUGUAAUUAUAAUAUUUAGAAACUUCAUUUGAUACUAAAAAGUUAAGUGGCUUACAAAGUUUUCUUCACAAACCAUAACUGACUAUAGUUAUUUUAUUUCACAUUUAGUGACUGUAGGUACCACUACAUGCAAUGUUUGUGAUUAUAAUAAUAAUAAAUUGAAAUGUUAUUACCCUUUUAUUCUUGAAAUUUACUUUUUCAUUUAAUUAAAAAAAUCACAUUGUACUAUUUACAAAACAUAGGUAUUUUUGAAAUAUUAUGGGCUAAUAAUAAAUUAUUUGUUUACAUAAAUAAAAAAUUAUAAUGUUUUAAGGUCCAAGGUGCUGCGGCAGUACCUGACCAUGUUGAAGCAGAGGUCCAAAGAAAUGGUGGAGUUCUUGCGAGAAGAUCAAAAACUUUUAGAUGACCUUAACACCGUAAUUCACCAUUCAAAUGUAACCGUUGAUCUUGACUUAAAUGGCAAAGUAAAUGAGCUUAAAGAUUUAUUUAGUCAGUAUGAAGAUGACGAAAAUCAGCGGCUAUACCUCAUGGAGUUUAUGUUUGAGUAUGUGGAACUUUUGCUCAAAAGUGCACUGUUGUCUGUAGUGAGAAUAUUUAUGUUUUGAUUUUUUUUCUAGAGAAGAAGCUAGAAACAUAUGGCGGUCACACGAAGAACGGUGGAAAAGUGAAUAUGUUGUCCGCAAAACAAAAGUGGGAGAAUUAUUUACUUUGAUAAAAACUCAAGUCAGUACUAGAAUAUAUGCAAAAUAUCUUGUUGAAUUACUCUUGGGAAAUGUUUGAUAUUAAAUAAUCCUUAAAAGUCACUUUUAUUUUACUGCUAUUUCUAUAGGAUUAUUUUUGUUUUUAACUUUUAUAACUCUAGUAACACAUAUUUUAUACUUCAACAAUUUUUUUUUCAGUUGGAAAAUCAAAUUGACAAGGGUUUAAAUGAACAGCGCAAAUUAAUUGGCGAACGAGAAGAAUUGAUUGGCGAUAUAGAAAAGGGAAAUGACGAACUGAAAACGUUAGAAAUUGAGAUAAAUGAAUUUUACAAACAACACCCCGAAUAUAAUAACAAUGAUCAUUCAUCGGUAUAUUUUUGUUUAGUCAUUUGAUAUCUUUUGUUAUGCACUUGACAUUAAUAUUUUUUUCGAAUUUUAACAGGACUCUAAAAACUAUCAAAAAAUUGAAAACAAUGCAAUGAAAAUAGCAGACCGCGAACACAAAUUGUUGAACGAUAUGGCCUAUUUGAACUUAUUGGAUGAUUCCAAAUUGACAGUGAGUAUAUUAUUAAUACACAAGGCAAUUUAAUUAAACACAAAACAGUAGUUUAAUGAUUUUUAUUAUACAUUUAUUGUAAUGAAAUUAAAACAUAUUUUAGCUUAAAAACAUAAACCACUCAAAUUUGGUACAGAAAAUAUUUCUGAAAAUUGUUUACCCAUAGUGUGAGUUCUAUAAAGGAGGUUAGACAUAUAAACAAGAAAAGUAAGAAAAAUAUUAACCAUAUUGAACAGAAGAUUUACCCAAAAUCAGACACUAUUGUGACUAUUAAAUUUUAAAUUUCAUGUUUCACUUAAAAAAAGAAAUUUAUUUAUUAAUUUAAUAAAUAAUAUCUCAAAUAAAUGAUUACUAUUAAAUGUAUGUGACAAAUUUUAAUUUUGCAUAUCAAACAAAACAGUCAAUUGCGAAACAGUUUAAGUGUUAUGUAGAACCAAUAUCCUUGAAUUGUACUAGAAACUAUGAUUCCAAUCAGUUCAAGUAGGCCUGCCUUUAAAAGUUUUCAUAUUAUUAGAAAUAUUUGUCAUUAUAAUAAAUUUCCAUAAACCAUUAUGUGCACUUGUUCUACAUGCACUAUUUUAUUUCCAUAAGAUUUUAUGCAAUAUGAAGUUUUUAGAAACCAUGUAUGGUGUCAAAAGUAUGUAUUACAUGGGCCUAUGGAAAUAACUCUAAUACUAUAUAUGGAAUAAUUAUAGGUAUAUUACAUCACAGGAUUACUAAGAUUCAUAAACACUACAUUAAAUACAACUCAAAAUAUUUAGUGUCUUAUAUUAUAAAAUAAUAUUGCAAAUAAAUUAAGAUUAGUAAUAUUAUUAUUAUUAUUAUCUAAUUGUUUUAGGAUCAUCGGCGGAAAAAAUCAGUCUGGUAAACCGUAAUUUUGGUUUCCUCAUUACAUCAAGUAAUUUAGCAUUGCUACAACAAUUUGUGUUUUAGUUUUAUAGAAUUAUUUUUAAUUUUAAUAUGUAAUUCAGAAUAAUAACACAAACAUUUUCAUGUCAAUUUUACCAUUUUAUUACUUUUAAUACCGUCCAACAAUUUAUUCUUUAAUAUUAUUAUUAUUAUUUUGAUUGGUUUAUUUCUAAGUUUUUAUUGUGCAAUUGAUUUUUAUACUCAUUUUACUAACUUUUAUUAAUGUUGUACAAUUUAUAAUAUCUAUUGAUUUGUAAUAUGUUAUUUGACAACAAAAUGUAUUAACUAUAAAUGUAAACAUAAAACAUAAAAUUAAUGCAAUUUUAUUAACAAUUAUAAAUUUAUAUGUUUUAUAUUCUAAUCUAUUUCUUAUUAUAAUAAUAAUAUGAGUUACUUAAUUAAUUGAAUGGCAGUGGAUUAAUCCUAUUGAGAAUCCUUGAGACUAAAAAUGAAUUGCUUUUUGACCCUUUUUUUAAAAAAUGUAUUUAGCAACUAAUAUUCACAAUAAAAACCGGUAAUAAUUAAACUUAAAAACAAUUAUAGAAAUCUUUAAACCACAGUCUUUGUAAGAGAUGACAAGUAAUAAUAUUAACAACAAAUUAAAAUUAUCCUUACAUAAUAUGUUUAUUUAAUAAACAUCUGAGUAUAGUGAAUGAUUUCGAAGCCAACCUCAACCAUGAUCAACACAAUGAUCAUCCAUUCUAAUCUGAUGUGAUGUUUGUCACUAAGAUGGUGUGAUAGGAGCUCAACUAGUUCCAAGCAAUGGUUUAUUUUUAGGUUCAUUGUCU